AGUCCGUUUUCGGAGGAGGGCCGCUCGUCGGGCCUCGAUCCUCUGGCGGAGAAAGGUCCGUUUUUCGGCACGAGUCCAUUGGACGAUCUCCUUGCAGAGGGAGAUUUGGAGGUCGGAUGUGCCGGGGAUUUUGGCCACGGCAUCGAUUAUGACGCGGACGAUCUUGGCCGUCUUGGCCUUGGGGAUGAGGGAGAAGAAAGGCCGGAGCUUGGUCAGGAGGCUCUGGAGGUCGUGGGCCCGGCCAUCCUUCCUGAGGAGGUCUGCAAGGUUGUUGAUGGCUUGUUCUUUGAUGCGCAGGGCCUCGGGGGAGGAUGA